GGAGAUGACAUCUCUCUUGCUAUAGUUACAGUGAAAGGAAAUAGUGUUUUUUCUCCAACCAGCUCUCCUGAAAUAGUACCUAAAAAUGAAACCCUUCCCUCAAUAACCUCUCCAAAACCCUUUACAGUCAGUGCUCUUCCAUUCAUCCCAGCUGUGAUCCAUGAUGAAGCGCCUGCUUUUCAGGAAAGUUCAGCAACAGAGGCUGAUGAAGAUUUACUCCUUAGGACAGAAGUACUGACAGCAGCCACCCAGCUGGCCCCUGCCCUCCACCUGGCAGGAUCUCCAGAUGUUAUUACAACUAGAGAUCCUUAUUUACACCAUUCUCCAAACAGCAACAGAGAAAGAGAGCAGACAAAUCUGGACACGGUUUUUGCAGAGGCUAUCGAUGCCCGUAGACUGUCGGAUGGUCACAUAGGUGGAGAAUUAAAUGAAGCAUCAAGAUUGGGCAGAAUCAGAAAUGUAAGCUCUAGUCCAUCAGGUCUUAUUCUAAAAAACAGAACAUCAAUGAUCAGCAGUCACACCCAGGAAAAUGUAACAAGCAACCAAACUGAAAUUAAACGAACACUGGGCUUCACAACUAGGCAUAAUCUGACUCUCACCACUUCAGAGAUCCUAGGAUUCUUAACCAGAAAACGCAGGCCCAUGUGCCCUUACCCGCCCCUGCCUGCUCAUGCAACGUUCUAUUUCCGAACAAUAGUCAACCCUGCCCCGUUCCAGUAUAAGCAUUACAUCCAGUAUGCCUGCUACCCUGGUUACACACUGGCCAAUGGAGACGUGUACAGCUACUGUCUGCAGGAUGGGCAGUGGAGUGGAGUCACACCCAUGUGCAUCGAGGAAACUCCAUGCUCUUUGAGCAAUGGUGGGUGCUCUCAGAUGUGCCAGGUGAAUGAGCAGAAUCGAGCUGAGUGCCACUGCAAGCCUGGAUUUCUUUUACUGGAGGACCAGCGCACCUGUCGAGAUCUGGACGAGUGUGUGGAAGGCUUGCACCAGUGCCAGCAGGCCUGCGAAAACACCUUUGGCUCGUACAGCUGCAGCUGCAGCUCCGGCUUCCAGCUGUCCGCAGACAGGAUGUCCUGUGUCGAUAUAGAUGAAUGUUUGGAAAAUGUGGGUCGUGGACUGUGCGCGAGCGCAUGUGUGAAUACUCCAGGCUCUUUCCACUGCAUCUGUCCACAUGGCCACCAGUUAGCUGGGGAUGGCAAGGCUUGCGUCUCAGAGUGUCCACCAGGAUACAGGAAACCACGUUCUGAUUCAGCAGUGGAAAGUUCAACCACAGAGUACUGCAUUGAUAUUGAUGAGUGUGAGGAGAUGGAGCAGAAGCGACAGGACCAGCAGGACAGGUGUGAAUGGAAGUGUGUCAACCUGCCAGGUACACACCACUGCGUUUGCCCACGGGGAUUCACACAGCAUCCAGACGGAUUUCACUGCAAGGAUAUAAACGAAUGCACACUGAAGAAUGGCAGCUGUUCCCACUUCUGCAUAAACCAGAGAGGUAGCUACAAAUGUGGCUGUCCGGAAAACUACCGUAUCUCACCUUAUAACAGGAGAAAGUGCCAGCCAGUUCACACUUCAUUAAGGACUGUGUCUUAAUGUAGUAGGUAUUAUCCUGAGCUUCACCUAAUUUAUUUACUCAUCUUUUCCUAAUUUAUUUACUCAUCAACCUUGUAAUAAAAGUGGAAAUACUGUAUACAGUUGCUAAUAUUUUUUUGUAAAAUUUUGUUUAUUCCAUUGUGUUCCAUACUUAUAGAUGCAACACAGAGUGGAUCUUUAUUCUCACUUGCACAUUUUAUCCAAGCAGCUGAAUAAACUGAUGUACUUACAGAAAACAGUACCAACGUUUCUCCAGUUACAAGGUAUAUUAUGGCAUUUUUGUAAAGCUGUGAGACUGUAGGAUGGGCCGUCUCCAGACUGUAGGAUAUGCCUUCUCCAAGCAUCAAAAAAGGAUUCUAAAUAGCUGUGAUGGAGGCUUUUCCUUGAGUUCAAAUUAAAAUUAAAACGCAUUUAUUGCACAUCAAUACAAUCACAACUUCAUAUUUGUGUUGCUUCACUGGGGGGUGAUUUAUAAGAUGAUGUUUUUUGACACAAAGAGAAGGCAUUGUUCUACAAUAUCUAAGACCUUUCCACCUCAUUUCAGAAACUGGCCCUCAUCUUACAUCAACACUCAUUGUUCUGAGAGUUUAAGCACUACAGAAAUAUC